ACACUGCUUCAAAGUUUAAAAAUGGCGAACAUUCAAUUUGUCAUAUUUCUGUGAUGGUGAUGCUCGUAUUUGAUAAUAGAAGCAAUAAUUUGUGAAUAGUUUUAAAAUGUCUGACACUGGGCUACGUAUGAAUUUUGCUGCUUUAAAAAGAGCAGAUCCUUACGCCAGGGAAAUAAUUGAUAGUGCGUCUCAUGUAGCUCUUUACACUUUUGAAGAAAACGAAUGGGAGAAGACAAACGUUGAAGGUGCUUUGUUUGUGUACAGUAGAAAUGGUGAGCCAUAUCAUAGUUUGGUUAUAAUGAACAGAUUGAACACAAACAAUCUUAUCGAGCCGGUAUCGAAAAAUAUCGAAAUGCAACUGAAAGAACCUUUCCUAUUAUAUAGGAAUGCUAAGUGCCGUAUUUACGGCAUAUGGUUUUACGACAAGGAUGAAUGUGUGCGAGUCGCAACGAAGCUGGCGGCUAUAGUCAAAGACUCCACAAAAGGUCCAUCUGAAAUGCCUUCGAGCGGCCCUUACAGCGCACCUCCCAAACCUAUGGGUUCAGUAGAUAUAUUCAGUAUGCUGUCAAAGGCCCAAGACGAUUUUAAUUCGAACAAAGGUGCGUCAGGGAGUAAGAAUGACAUGACACCGUCUCGAGCACCCGAUAUGACGUCACAGAGCGUCAUGGACUUCUUUGCCAAAGCAGGCAGCGGCGCCGCCGUCCAGAUGCCAUCUGUGUCAUCGUUACCGUCUCCCGGGAUAUUCGGACCGCGCCAGCCUGACGUCAGAGAGGGUCCGCUCCUUCUGCAAAGGCUCAUGAGCAACCCGGCUCAUUCUGUGGAGCACAUAGAGAAGCAGCAGCGCUCGGUGACACCUCAAGAUGCGCAGCCUCCUAAUGGCAACUCUGCUAUUGACCCCAGACAAAAUAGUAGUUUCUCUUUAAAAUCCACACCUCUCGAUAUCCAAAAUCAGCAGAGGGUAAAAUGUGGAGAUCUGAAUGGUACUAAUCCAUUGGAAGCGGAAUUGAAUUUAAUGCAUAUUUCUUCUCCCAAGCCGAACUCACCACUUGCUUCAUUUUUAAAUCAAGCACAGGAAGCGAGUCAUGCGGUCGGGUCGUAUAAUGGAUGUAAACUUGAUGAUGUUGGUGUGUUUCCGCAUAUCGCUAAUCAACCGAAGCCUGCUUUGAUGCCUCCUACGAUGUUCACUAGUGCAGCGGGAUACACGCAACCCUCUCCUGAACCUCUCACUAGGAACCAACUACUUCAAGCUUUCAAUUAUUUACUGAAACAUGACGCAGACUUUGUUAACAAACUUCAUGAGGCGUAUGUGAAGUCUUUUUCAGAGAAAGCCUUCUCUGUGUCGUAAAUAAUGUCGAACGAGCCUCUGAUAUUUCCAGUGGGCCCUCAUUGUACAGUGUAGAUGAAAUCUGAACAAAUUAGCUCCAUUUGUUUUGUAUCUUGUUUUGUCAAGGCAAUUUUUGAAUAAGUUUUAAACCUUUGACAGUGUGAUUUGUAUAAAUAAUUAGUUUUGAGAUUUAAUUUCAAAAAUAUUGGUACUUU